CGACAUUUGGGCUCUACCGAGCCUGAAAAAUUUGAGUUUCCGGCCGGCCCGCCGGCUCAAUGUUCUAACACUAGCUGCAAGGCGCAGGCAUUUCACUAAUUAAUCGCAUAAAAGAACUUUUUAAUAGAAUAAAUCUUUUUUUUUUUCAUUACUCAACUAGGAAAUUAUUUUCCUCCGGAUUCUCAUCAACCAAACAGAGAGCAAAAGGUCCCACACUCCCGCUCUCCAUAUAUAUAGGCAGAAGCCGAAGAGAAAGCGUGCUGCUUAGGGCCGUGAAAACAGGCGCGACCUUUUUUCACAGAACCCGCCACCACUUUCUUUCGUUUUCCCUUAUUUUCUUUGAUUUUCUCGCGAGUUUCUGUGUGUACUCCAUGGGGAGCUCGUCUUCUCCACCGUCCGAUUCGAAUCGAUCGCUCAAUAAUGGCGCUUCCGAUCUUCUCUCCAACCUCCCCUCCCGUGGCCUCUUCUCUUCCACCGUUAUCUCCUCUAAUCUGGGUGGAAUGCGAGUUUAUGUUUGUGUCAAUGACACAUCUCCCCCAGAGGAGCAGCAAAUAAAGACAAAUCAACAGAAUAUAUUGAUAAGAUCACUUAUGCUCAGGAACAAGAAGGGUGAUUCCAGUUCGAAGGAUGUGAAAGGUGCUGGUGCAACUGAAAGUUCUAGAAAGAGGACGGCUGAAAGAGUUCUGGAUAGCAGGGCUUCAGCUAAGAGAGCCAAUAGUCAGAGUAGUUCUCGACAAGAGGGAAUGGGAUCAAGCAAUCAAGCAUCAAAUAGGGACCACCAACGCCUAACUGUAGAGAGGCUCCGUGCACUACUGAAGGCAAGAGGUCUUUCUCUAAAGGGCAAAAAGGAAGAACUGAUUGCACGCCUCAAAGAAGCUAGUGGUUAAGCAAAGUGCAGAAGAGAGAACCGAUAAAGCGGCCAAGGAAGAGGUUAGAGCUUGGUAUUAGCAUAUCCGCUCUCUGCUUUUGUACUCAUCGAGGACAACAGUAGGUGAUUUUCUUUAUUUUGAUGUAACGUAGGAAUGGUUUACACCGGAAUCAGUGGUCAUCUAAGUAUAAAAUGAGGUUGGUUGAAGACUGAAAAUCCUAUUCUGUAUAAUUUUGUAAUUCUAGGCGUUUCUUUCUUUUUUGGGAGGGUGUUGCCUUUUCUGUCGUACGCUCAUGUUGUCAUGAAUUCCAAUGCAUGUUCUUGCUGACUACAAACGAAUCUAAUUUGAUCGACAGAUGUGACAACAUUCAUGGUGAGAAA